CAUAAAAUUAUAUUUUCUCUUUCCAGAAGUAUAUAUUUUCUAUUCUGUGUUUAUAAAAUAUAAAAAAAAUCUAAUUAAUGCAUUUCUGUAUCGGUACGGGUCUACUUAUUCGGAAACAUUAAAUGUUGUAUUUGUGUUAUGUUGUUCUUUUGCAAAAAUCUUGUGUGAAUUAAAACCUCUUCACUGUGACUUUCAUUUGAGAAUUGAGACCACAAUAUAUAUUUAAAUGAUGUUUGUGCAUGUGUAAUUGAAUAUUAAAAAUGGCUACAAUAUUGAUGCAAAGAGAUCUUGUAGUGGCUCUGAAAAGGGAGACUUGUUUGAAUGUGGGCAUAUUGAGCAAACUGCAGCCCAUGCCUACAGAUCUGUCGAGGCAAAUAUUCAAAGAAAAUGCGCUGGAGAAACCAACACAGAAUGUUUUCAAUAAUUUAACUUAUUAUUUAGUGUCCAUUGUUGAUACCAAAGUUCAUGCUGCAUUCUCUUGGCCUUUAUAUGAUUCAAAGACUGAAAGAACCUACAGAAAUCAACUGUCCAUCUUUAUAAACGAUUAUAGCAGUAAAGGCCUUCUUUCCCCAGUGAUGUCAUCUUAUUUGGUGAACCCUGGAUGUUUCAAAGUUACUAUGUUUAUAUUUCAAUUAUCUCAAUUAGCUGUGCAGCAUGUCUUGAUAUCAAAAAUGAAUAAAAACCGCCAAAUGCAGGCAUAUGAUGAAAUGACGGAAAAGUACAAGCAAGGGAAUGAAAAAUUCUUAGAAGAUAUUGAGGAAAAAACAGAGACCAUGUUGAGUAAGUUCUCAAAUUAUUUAUACAAAAGAAAGGCAAUGGAAAAUAUUGCUGGAAUGUUAAGGCAGAAAAUAACUGAAAUGGAAAAUAAACUUACAUCAUUGAACACUCAAAAAUUUAUUGAUGAAAUAGUAGACAAGUAUGUUGAAAAUAAUGUCAUAAAUGAGUAUUUAAAGACUGAAAUAUUAAAAAUUAAAAAUGUUCAUGCACAAUCUAAAUAUUUUGAUUUAUGGUUGGCUGAGGUUGAUGAAAUAAUGAAUAAAAUAGAAAUGGAAUGGAGUGAUAAAGUUUGUCCAUUACUGGAAUUAUCUGAACGGACUAGAGGUAAUACAGAGUCUUUAAUAGCUAGGCAUACCGGUGAAGCUGAUAAAAAUUCAUAUAUGAUUGAAUAUAACAGCCAGUGUGAGGACAUCAACACCACUGAGCUACAGGAUCAGGUGAACAGUCAACAGAAAUACAUACUCAAAAAUAUAGUAAAAAAUGAUAAAUUGAAUUUUCCUAACUUGAUUCGUGGUUUCCUGGUUUCAAUAUGUUUCAUGUUGAAAAAUAAUGAAAUGGGAGAUGAGAUUUAUAAGUUCAAUGAGUACUUGGAAGAGGGAAAUAGAAACUUCAGUGACAUUGUUUCUGCCAUGAAAAUGCUUUUAGAGAGAGUGAUGAAUGCUGAAGCUAGAUUACAGUACUCGCCGGUGCCCUUUACUCCAUUAUUUUCAAUUAAGGAUGUGUCUGAAAUACCACCACUACCUGACUUGUCUGAUCUAAAAGCAAAUAAAGAUGGCCAAAUAAUGUUUGAUACCCUAACACCAUUCAGUAUAUCUAAACAUCAAUUCAAUUUACAUCGGAAACACUUUAACUCUUUUGUUAAGCCUCAAAUGAAGUCUGCAUUGGCAGCACCAUUCCAUCAAAAUUCUAGGGAUGACUUCUUGAAAAGUUUAGUAUUGGGCCAGGUAAGUUCAUACAAUCAGAUAAACAGUAGCAGUUUCCAUAAUAUGUCUAUUGUGUCACAGAAUUACAAAGGUAAUGAAACAAUAGCAGAAUGUUCAUCUGGUUUUACUAAACAGCAAAUUGCAAGAUUACUAUCAACUAGAAAGUCUAGUAGUACUAAAAAACUCAAGGGCAGUUUACGGAGACCAGACAUUAAUGUCAAGAAAGGUGGCUUGUUUAAUGAAUCUAUAGUUUCUAAUGAAAGCAAUGAAUUGUAUCGUAGUUACUCAUCACCAAAUCUCUUUGAGAAUAGAGAGAAGAAUUAUUAUUCAAAACUUAGUAAACGUAAACUAUCUAUAAUGCAAGAAGAUAUUCCAUCGCUUUUGGAAGUAUCUGGUAUAGCUGUGUUAGAUACAGAAAACAGUUAUGGUACACCAGAGUACAAUAAAAAUGAUAAGGAAAUCAAUGUCGUGAGUAUACCUGUUGUAUCUAAAAUACCUGUGCCAGAGACAAGAAAAGACAAUAUUUUCAUUAAAGACAAGAUUAUACCAACAAUAUUGGUAGAAGCACAGAGAAAUAGUACUGAAAUGAAAGAGGAUUCAAAAUCUGAAACACCUAAAAUUAAUACACAACUAAUAAGUAAAACUAGUUCUUUAGAGAAGAUAAUAAACCGGUUUAAAAUAGUUCGAUCCAAUGUAAUAUCAGAUACAAACAAGGAUGAAGAAUUUAAAUCUAUAGUGGAGGAGAAAGAAAAUUUCAACUCUGUAAAUGUAGAUGUGUUUACAGCAAAUAGGAUUUUAUUGCCUGACCUCUUGAGUCCGAGUUGCAAUAUAUCAAAUGACUCUACAGAAUAUAUGGAUACACUAUGUUUUAAUAUUGAUGAAAAGGAAUGUAGAAAACCCCGAGAAAGUCUUGGUGCAGCACUGGGUGUGGAUGAGACAUUUUUAGAUCAGUUUGAUUUGAUAGACUAGCAUAUAUGUUCCAUCUAUUUUAUUUUUCAAAAUAGUUGAAAUGUCCUGGCAUUAUAACUUGUACUUUACCAUCACAAAAAGCUUUAAUUAAGUAUUUAUUGUAUAGAUGUUAAAUACUUAGAAUAGUAUGUAAAUUAAAUAAUAAUUCAUAAUUUACCACAGUAUUUGAUAGACUUAGGUAUGCUCAACAUGUAUACUAUAAUUUUGAAAUACAAGAUUAGAACCCCUGUCAAAAUUUUAGGGCAAUUACUGCAUAUAAAUAUAAUAACAUCAUAAGCGUCUUUAACAAUGAAAAUGGGUGUUUUAUAAUUAACUACAAUAUGUACAAUGUCAUACAAAUGACAAGUACAACAUAGCAUAUACAUACUUGUAUUGUGGCUAAACAAUAUGUAUCGGUCAUACAUUUCUAUAAGCGAAAAACUAGAGUAUGGUAUAAAAAUGUUGGAAUUGGAAUAUUGGAAUAUUAUAAACCUAUAUUCUUUGUUAUUAUUAUCAUCAUUUAGCUUUUGUUUUAAUAUUUGCACAAAUAUUACAUAAAUACACAUACAUGUCCAUGGGUGUCCAAAAACGCCAUUGUAUUAUAAAUAUUAUUAAAAAUGUUUGUAUUUAGUUCUACUUUAUUCGCUAUGUGUAAACUGCAGAUGUAAAUGUACUGGUCCGCGUAAGAGGCUAAUUAAAUUUGUGGAAGACAUCAUAGGCACUAUUAUGAUUCAUGUAAAGCUAUCUUCCUUUCUUCUUGCAUCAGUAGUUUGUAGUGAUUUUCUUUUGUAUAUUAUACCAUAAUCACCCAUUGUUAACCAGGUGUGCUUCAUAACAGGAUAUUGGUAAUCUAUUGCUGGCCUGUGGCUAGGUUUAAGGUUACAUUGAGAGCCAUCUCUUUUAUCUUCUUGUAUAUUUAUUCCCCUGGUCGAUUCAACAACUAGGAGAUGAAAAGUAGUGUUGACAUUAUAGAUACGUACUUGUACACCGUAAUGUGAACAAUGUUAUAGUUCAGUUUUAGGCAUAUAUAAUUUUUUUUAUUAAUUUUCUAAUGAAUUUUUAUUGUAAUAUUUUUGUACAAAACACAACCCCAAAACCAGGGGCCAUAUUAGAAUAGAGGUGCUGUACAAUCGGUCUGCGGACACACUGAUUUGAAACUGGCCCAGAUUUCUUUUCACGUGGGGACAAUGUUUCUUAUACUAUUUACCACUAACGCCUAUAAGACGAUCUACGAAGCGAUUCAGGGCACUUUUUACCACUACUCAGAUAUUACCACUGAUUUGAGGGUCCUAUAUAGAUAGUUUAAAUAGAAUCUCAAAAUACACAGUAAUUAUUUUUAUUCUUUAGUCUACUAAUAUCGUUAGACUGAUUUCAGUUAUGAGUAAUACUUGUUAAGUUGCUGUAUAAUUAUGUUUUAUUUCCUA